GAGUAUUACUAGCAGGAAGAGUCAACUGCCAGCAUGUGAAGAAUAACGUGCCAAGGCUCAAAUUAUCCUAUAAAGAAAUGUUGGAAUCCAACAAUAUAAUAAAUUUCAAUGGACUAGCUAAUAGCUCCAGUUACCAUACUUUCCUCUUGGAUGAAGAACGCAGCCGGCUGUACGUUGGAGCAAAGGAUCACAUAUUUUCUUUCAACCUGGUUAACAUCAAGGAGUAUCAAAAGAUUGUUUGGCCUGUAUCUCAUUCCCGAAGGGAUGAGUGCAAGUGGGCUGGAAAAGAUAUUCUGAGAGAAUGUGCUAAUUUCAUCAAGGUGCUUAAGGCUUACAACCAAACCCACUUGUACGCCUGCGGAACAGGGGCUUUUCAUCCAGUCUGCACCUAUAUUGAAGUUGGAAGCCAUCCUGAGGACAACAUUUUCAGAAUGGAAGAUUCACAUUUUGAAAAUGGCCGAGGCAAAAGCCCUUAUGAUCCUAAACUGCUGACAGCUUCUCUUUUAGUAGAUGGAGAACUGUACUCUGGCACAGCAGCAGACUUCAUGGGCAGGGACUUUGCCAUUUUCCGAACUCUGGGGCAUCAUCAUCCAAUCAGAACAGAGCAGCAUGACUCCCGGUGGCUAAAUG